AUGACCACUUCAUCAUCGCCAAAAUUUCGUGGUACUUCAGACGAUUGUAAGACCGUAGGUACUUUGAAAUGUGAAGGUUGUUCACAAAUAUUUUGUCGAAAACAUGUUAAUGAACAUCGAGAUCUUCUUAGUCAUCAGUUAGAUGAAAUUGUUCUUGAACAUGAUAUUCUACAUCAAAUGAUUUUGGAAGAUAAAAACAAAGAAAAUAAUAAUCAAUUUCUUCUCAAGGAAAUUGACAAAUGGGAACAAGAAUCUAUCAAAAAAAUUCAACAAACAGCAAAUGAAGCACGACAACAAAUUGAAAAAUUAAUUGGUUCACAACAAGGUGAAUGCAAUUGA